GUUGGUCCUGUUAUAAUUGCUCUCUUUAAUCCUAAUUCAAUGGCAGAGAAUUAUUAAUUCUUGUAUAUAAUAAAGAACUCAUCUUUCAGAAAUUAAACAAAAGCCACCAUGACAAUUGAAUCAUUGCUUAAUCACUUGUCUUUUUGGGAUUUAGCUUUUGCUUUGAUAGGAUUCUUUGUUUUUAGUUGUGUACGAGAAAGAAUCGCGAACAAUGGCCCGAUGUUAUGGCCUGUGUUCGGGAUUAUUCCGACCAUGCUUCUUCAUAUCAACGACACGCUCAAUUUCGCCACUGGAGCUUUGAUCAGAGCCGGCGGAACAUUCCGUUACCGAGGAAUGUGGAUGGGUGGAGCUUACGGAGUCAUGACGGCUGAUCCUGUCAACGUUGAGUACAUCCUGAGGACGAAUUUUAAGAAUUUUCCGAAAGGAAAAUAUUAUAGGAACAGGUUUCAGGAUUUGCUUGGAGAUGGCAUUUUCAACGCUGAUGGUGAACUGUGGAAGGAUCAUAGACAAAUAGCGAAAAUUGAGAUGCAUUCGAGUAGGUUCGUUGAUCAUUCUUUUCGAACAAUGCGAGACUUAGUUCACUUGAAACUGUUGAAGCUAACGGAAAAGUUUGUCAGGUCUGGAAAUAGCUUUGAUUUUCAGGAGUUGCUGCUUCGGUUUACCUUUGAUAAUAUUUGCACUGCAGCUUUCGGGGUUGAUCCAGGGUGUUUGAACCUCGAUUUGCCUGAAGUUCCAUUCGCUAAAGCUUUCGAAGAAGCAACAGAACUCACUCUGUUCAGAUUCUUGGUUCCGCCUUUCGUGUGGAAACCUAUGAAGUUUCUCGGAAUCGGAUUUGAGAAAAAGCUAAAGUCAGCAAUCGAUAUUGUUCAGGAAUUCGCUGAUGAAACAGUGAAGAAUCGGAAGAACCAAUUGAUUAAACUCGGCAACUUAAAUGACCAUUCCGAUCUCUUGUCGAGGCUCAUAGACAUUGCAUAUUCGGAAAACGUCAAGAACAAACUGCGAUUUCCUGACGAGUAUUUCAGAGACUUCUGUGUAAGUUUCAUUCUUGCAGGAAGAGACACAACUUCCGUCGCAUUAGCAUGGUUUUUCUGGCUAGUACAUGAAAAUCCAGAUGUCGAAAACAAAAUUCUGGCCGAAAUCAAUCAAAUUUUGAGUCAUCGAACUAGCGAAAACCGAAAAGGCGUCGACAUUGUUUUUACGGUAUCAGAAUUAAAGAAAAUGGUGUAUCUCCAAGCUGCAUUAUCAGAAUCCAUGAGGCUAUACCCCUCAGUACCAAAUGAAAUAAAAGAAGUAAUACAAGAUGAUAUUUUACCUGAUGGCUCUGAGGUAAAAAGGGGAGCUAGAAUUCUCUAUUGCAUAUAUGCAAUGGCUAGAAUGGAGUCAAUAUGGGGAAAAGAUUGUUUGGAGUUCAAGCCAGAGAGAUGGAUUAAAGACGGGAAUUUUAUUAGCGAAAAUCAAUUCAAAUACGCGGUGUUUAACGGCGGUCCGAGGUUGUGCUUGGGGAAGAAAUAUGCAUACAUGCAAAUGAAGAUGGUGGCUGCUUCAAUCUUGUUGAGGUAUUGUGUUGAGGUAGUUGAAGGUCAAAAUGUUGUUCCAAAGAUUACUACUACUCUUUACAUGAAGAAUGGUUUAAUGGUUAAUAUUAAACCUAGGAUGGUUCAAAAUGGUAAUGCAUAAUGGCUUGGUUAAUUAAUUAGCCUAGCAAAAACUUGCUUUGUUUUUAAGUUUUUCUACUAGAGUAUGGAAUCGAAUCGAAUUGAAUCUAAAACUCUCGGGUCGAAUUAAUUAUAAUGUUCGAAUUUUGGGGAUAGUUUGUUUGCAAGUUUAUUGUGUGAUGUAGUAUCAAGUUUUGUGCUAGAU